AUGGGACAAGUCUGCUAUAGAGAUUAUAAUGAAUCACAAUUACUCAAUUCCACAGAUGCCAAAAAACCUGAAUCUAUUCAAGGAUCUAUGAUCAAAUCUAAUCGUAAUUACAUAAUCAAAUAAGAGCUAGCGGAGAGUGUAUACAAACCCAAAAUGUUUUAGAUAUAUAGGAUGAUCCUGAAUUUUAAAUGGAAAAUGAUGAAUUUCUCCGACUUUCAAAUGUAUUCCAUAUUUUUAUAUAAACCAAGAAAAAUACACAAGAAAUGGAUAUUGGAAAUAAAAUAAAUGAAAAAGACCCAAACUCUGCUCCUUCAUCGAAAGUUAACAUUGAUAGUUUUAGAUUGCUGAAAGUUUUGGGUAAAGGUUCUUUUGGUAAAGUAAUGCUUGUUUAAUACAAAUCUAAUGGUAUCUUUGAAGUAAUUUCUAGGUAAGUAUUACGCAAUGAAAGUUCUUUAAAAAAAAAAUAUAUAAAAUGAACGAUAAAAGAGACAUACUGAAACAGAGAGAAUCAUUUUAGCCAAUUGUUCUAGUCCCUUCAUAGUAAAAUUGAGAUAUGCAUUUUAAUCACCCUACAAAUUAUAUUUGGUUGUUGAUUACUUACCAGGGGGUGAACUCUUCUUCCAUUUAAGAAAAGUGGUCAGAUUUGAUGAAAUAAUAGCUAAAUUUUAUGCUGCUGAAAUUCUUUUAGGCUUAUAAUAUUUGCAUGAAAUUAAUAUCAUUUAUAGAGAUCUAAAGCCAGAAAAUAUUUUAUUAGAUGAUAAAGGUCAUAUUCGAUUGACUGAUUUUGGAUUAUCUAAGAUUAUGUUAGAUAAUGAUAAAACAGCUUUUAGUCUAUGUGGAACUCCUGAAUAUUUAGCACCUGAAAUAUUAACUGCAAGUAAUUAUACAUAAUGAUUAGAAACUGGAUAUGAUAAGACAUGUGAUUGGUGGAGUUUUGGUGCCUUACUUUAUGAAAUGUUAGUUGGAUCUCCUCCUCAUUAUAGGGAUAAUAAAAAGGAAAUGAUAAGAAAAAUAUUGACUCAACCUAUUCCAUAUCCAUCAUUUCUAUCUGAAUCAGCCAAAUAAUUAUUAUAAUAAUUGUUGGUUAUUGAUGUAUUUAGAAAACACAAUUAUAUUAGCCUAAAAAGAGAUUAGGAUUUGAAUAGGAUGGAUAUGAAAUCAUGUAACAUAGUUUCUUUGAAUCAAUCAAUUUCCAAGAAAUGGCUAUUUAAAAAGUAUAUUAAAAUUAUGAAAUAGAUAAAACCUCCUUAUGAAUUUGACAAAAAAGAAUUGAAAUAUUUUGAUGAGGG